GCAACAAUUAUAGCUCCCAAGUCCCAUCUAUUCCAAAGUAGAAUUUCAUGCUCCCUCGAAUUUUUCUCUCUUGUUUGCUUUUCAUUUUUUCCUUAUAAUUAUUCCAAGUGUUUUUGAGACCGCAGCCAGAGGUGGAUAAUGGAUUCAUAGAACAUAAAAAAACAAAAGGGAGCAAGUUCUGAUCUAUCUCUCGAGCGGUCAGAACACUCUCUCUUCCACGCACGACCAAAAGCAAGACAACACAAUUGAACAAUCGCAACAGAAGCAUCGAAUACCCACAAAAAGGUACACCUCCAAAACACCCACAUAGUAGAACACCCAUCAAAACAGGAAUACCAAAUCCAUUCCAGUUCCCAACCAAACCCACCCAAAGAAAGAAAGAAAGAAAGAAGAAAAAAAAACAGAGAUAAACAAUGCAAAAUCCACCAUCCCCACCACCGCCUGCACUACCACCCUUCAUCUCCAUCAGCAAAACCACCAUUUCCAAGGACCCCAAGACCACACUCUACAUUGUCUUAGCCAUUUCCCUCGUCUCCCUCUUCUUCUUCCUCUCCCUCUCCUCCUCCUCCUCCUCCUCCACCUACACCUCUACCUCUACCUCCCAACCCAGACCCGACCCGUUCCUCUUCCCAACCCACCAAACCCACCACGUCCUCUUCCCCAACACCAACCCCUCCUCUGAACCCACCCCUCCCUCCAUCGCCUACCUCAUCUCCGGAUCGGCAGGAGAUUUGGGUCGGAUCCACCGUCUCCUCUUGGCCACCUAUCACCCCAGGAACAUCUACCUCCUCCACCUAGACCUCUCCGCUCCCCAGACCGACCGUGACGCUCUCGCUCUCAUAGUCCAAUCCGUGCCCGUUUUCAAAGCUGCCCAGAACGUCAAUGUCAUUGGCAAGGCCGACUUCGCGUACCCGAAGGGCUCGUCUACGAUCUCCUCCACCCUCCACGGCGCUUCCGUACUGCUCCGACUGUCGUCGAAUUGGGAUUGGUUUGUCAGUCUCAAUGCCGCUGAUUACCCACUUGUCACACAAGAUGAUCUUCUUCACAUUUUGUCAUUUCUGCCCAAAGAUCUUAACUUUGUGAAUCAUUCAAAUUACAUUGGCUGGAGGGAGUCUAGGAGGUUGAGACCCAUAAUUGUUGAUCCGGGACUUUAUCUUUCGGAGAAAACUGGGAUGUUUUAUGCUUCUCAGAAAAGGGAUUUGCCUAAUGCCUUCCGGCUGUUUACAGGUUCAUCUUUCUCCAUUUUAAGUCGUAGCUUUAUUGAGUUCUGCAUCCUGGGUACAGACAACCUCCCGAGGACUCUUUUGAUGUAUUUUGCAAACACUCUAUCAUCCCUUUCCAAUUACUUCCCUACCAUUCUUUGUAAUUCCCAUAAGUUCAACAGAACCGUCAUAAACCACAACUUACUAUAUGCCACCUUUGACAAGCCCUCUAGCGCUGAGCCCCGCCUACUCAGUUCCAAUGAUUUUGAGGUAAUGAUUCAAAGCGGGGCAGCCUUCGCCACGCAAUUCCAGUUAGAUGAUCCGAUGCUUGAUCGCAUUGACCAUGAGAUUUUGGGGCGUGAACAUGGCAACGUAGUCCCUGGUGGCUGGUGCUUAGGUGAGUCUGGAAAUCACACAUGUUCGGUAUGGGGAAAUGCUGAUGUUCUGAGGCCUGGUCUUGGAGCAAGAAGACUUGAAAAGAGAAUUGUUGAAUUGCUCUCUAAUGGUACAUUUCGGUCUCAGCAAUGUAUAGUUGAAUGAUCUGAUUCUGGAUUCCACUAGAAAAAACCACAACCCACCCAAAAAAAAAAAAACAAAAUCAUUGGAGCUAAAAGUUGAAAGAAUGACAUGCUCUGAUUUGCUUACCAAAAGAAAAACUUAGGACAGAUGUUAGUUCAAUCUGCUGAUUAUUUUAGCAAAACUGAGGUUUUUAGCUCAUUCAAGAUGAGAGAUUAUUGUAGAGUGUGUUUUGCAAAUGAUUUUGCUAUUAGGGUUGACUAAAAGUGGCUUUAGGGUUGAUAUGUAAAAUUCUGGUUUUCCAUUAUAUUUCCAAAAGAAAUACCAUGUUGGAUUGCAAUAGUAGAUCAAACUUUCGUAUUCA